AUGCCCUGGACCACAAGCCCUGCACCACAUGCCCCUCAACACCUGCCCCUCACCACAUGCCCCUCAACACCUGCCCCUCACCACAUGCCCCUCAACACCUGCCCUUCACCACAUGCCCCUCACCACAUGCCCCUCACCACAUGCCCCUCACCACAUGCCUCCCACCAUAUCUCCACCUGCAUCCGCGAAGUGUCCCGGUGCCUCAUGCGCUCUGCCCUUGCCAUGCCUCAUGCGCUCUGCCCUUGCCAUGCCUCAUGCGCUCUGCCCUUGCCAUGCCUCAUGCGCUCUGCCCUUGCCAUGCCUCAUGCGCUCUGCCCUUGCCAUGCCUCAUGCGCUCUGCCCUUGCCAUGCCUCAUGCGCUCUGCCCUUGCCAUGCCUCAUGCGCUCUGCCCUUGCCAUGCCUCAUGUGCUCUGCCCUUGCCAUGCCUCAUGCGCUCUGCCCUUGCCAUGCCUCAUGCGCUCUGCCCUUGCCAUGCUUCAUGCGCUCUGCCCUUGCCAUGCCUCAUGCGCUCUGCCCUUGCCAUGCCUCAUGCGCUCUGCCCUUGCCAUGCCUCAUGCACUCUGCCCUUGCCAUGCCUCAUGCGCUCUGCCCUUGCCAUGCCUCAUGCGCUCUGCCCUUGCCAUGCCUCAUGCGCUCUGCCCUUGCCAUGCCUCAUGCGCUCUGCCCUUGCCAUGCCUCAUGCGCUCUGCCCUUGCCAUGCCUCAUGCGCUCUGCCCUUGCCAUGCCUCAUGCGCUCUGCCCUUGCCAUGCCUCAUGCGCUCUGCCCUUGCCAUGCCUCAUGCGCUCUGCCCUUGCCAUGCCUCAUGCGCUCUGCCCUUGCCAUGCCUCAUGCGCUCUGCCCUUGCCAUGCCUCAUGCGCUCUGCCCUUGCCAUGCCUCAUGCGCUCUGCCCUUGCCAUGCCUCAUGCGCUCUGCCCUUGCCAUGCCUCAUGCGCUCUGCCCUUGCCAUGCCUCAUGCGCUCUGCCCUUGCCAUGCCUCAUGCGCUCUGCCCUUGCCAUGCCUCAUGCGCUCUGCCCUUGCCAUGCCUCAUGCGCUCUGCCCUUGCCAUGCCUCAUGCGCUCUGCCCUUGCCAUGCCUCAUGCGCUCUGCCCUUGCCAUGCCUCAUGCGCUCUGCCCUUGCCAUGCCUCAUGCGCUCUGCCCUUGCCAUGCCUCAUGCGCUCUGCCCUUGCCAUGCCUCAUGCGCUCUGCCCUUGCCAUGCCUCAUGUGCUCUGCCCUUGCCAUGCCUCAUGCGCUCUGCCCUUGCCAUGCCUCCUGCGCUCUGCCCUUGCCAUGCCUCAUGCGCUCUGCCCUUGCCAUGCCUCAUGCGCUCUGCCCUUGCCAUGCCUCAUGCGCUCUGCCCUUGCCAUGCCUCAUGCGCUCUGCCCUUGCCAUGCCUCAUGCGCUCUGCCCUUGCCAUGCCUCAUGCGCUCUGCCCUUGCCAUGCCUCAUGCGCUCUGCCCUUGCCAUGCCUCAUGCGCUCUGCCCUUGCCAUGCCUCAUGCGCUCUGCCCUUGCCAUGCCUCAUGCGCUCUGCCCUUGCCAUGCCUCAUGCGCUCUGCCCUUGCCAUGCCUCAUGUGCUCUGCCCUUGCCAUGCCUCAUGCGCUCUGCCCUUGCCAUGCCUCAUGCGCUCUGCCCUUGCCAUGCUUCAUGCGCUCUGCCCUUGCCAUGCCUCAUGCGCUCUGCCCUUGCCAUGCCUCAUGCGCUCUGCCCUUGCCAUGCCUCAUGCACUCUGCCCUUGCCAUGCCUCAUGCGCUCUGCCCUUGCCAUGCCUCAUGCGCUCUGCCCUUGCCAUGCCUCAUGCGCUCUGCCCUUGCCAUGCCUCAUGCGCUCUGCCCUUGCCAUGCCUCAUGCGCUCUGCCCUUGCCAUGCCUCAUGCGCUCUGCCCUUGCCAUGCUUCAUGCGCUCUGCCCUUGCCAUGCCUCAUGCGCUCUGCCCUUGCCAUGCCUCAUGCGCUCUGCCCUUGCCAUGCCUCAUGCGCUCUGCCCUUGCCAUGCCUCAUGCGCUCUGCCCUUGCCAUGCCUCAUGCGCCCUGCCCUUGCCAUGCCUCAUGCGCUCUGCCCUUGCCAUGCCUCAUGCGCUCUGCCCUUGCCAUGCCUCAUGCGCUCUGCCCUUGCCAUGCCUCAUGCGCUCUGCCCUUGCCAUACCUCUGCAGCAUCCUCGACAACAACCGAAUGA